UCUGUACCAACAACUCAAAAAACAAGAACAAAGCUUAAAACAAGAGAUUACAAAUUCCCAUAUUAGCAAAAGAAACAGAGAAAACAAUGAACUCAAAGGGAGCUGCAGCUGCUGGAGCAACUCAGGUUUAUGAAGAUUUUGUGCCAACUACAGAGUUGGUGCAAGAACAAGACUCUGACACUCUUCUCCUUCAUCUCACAGGUUUCAAAAAGGAACAAGUGAGGGUUCAACUGACCAGAACAGGAAUUCUGAAGAUUAGUGGACAAAGGCCAGUUGUUGGGCAGAACAAAUCGCUUAGGUUCCAGAAAGACUUCCCUGUUUCAGAAAAUUGCGACAAAACGAAAAUCAGUGCAAAGUUUGAAAAUGGCAUUCUUUAUGUUAAACAACCAAAACUGAUAACUUCAUCAGAGAAAAAGGAUCAGGAACCGGCAACCGCCAAUGCUCAACAGCCCAAAAAACCAGCAGACAAGCCACAACCUCAAAAGAAAGACGAAGAACAAGCAAAAGGCGAAAAAACUCCAACACCAUCACCAACACCAACACCAAGAGAAAAAGUGCCUAAGCAGCAGACUAAUGCUGACAAGCCAGAAAAAGAAGAACCAAACACAAAAGAAGCUAAAGGUCUCCCCGAACAAACACCUGCUGAGAAAACCGGUACUAAUAGACCGAGUUAUGAGAGUAAACUUGAAAAUAAUGCAAUGAUAGGAACUGCAACUGCUCCGGCGGAGAAGCUGAAAAUGCCAGAAAAGUGAUGAACAUGACUCUGAUUGCUCUUUUGGUUCUUGGAGUUGGCCUAUAUAUUAGCAAUAUGAUGAAGUCUAACAAUUACAAAGCUGAAGAAUGAAGCGUUUCAUCCAGUGAUUAAAACUAAAAGUUGUGAUAUUUGUAUUUCUCCCAGCUCAUGUGUGUGAAUGAAGACCUCACUGACUGCUACUCCCUUUUUCUCGUUGCAUUGCUGAAAUUGUGUACAUGAAACAUUAGUUUCGAAUUUGAAAAAAUCCAUACUUAUAAAAUAAGACUUAUACUA